AUGCUAAUUCAAGAUGCCAAGCUUCGUUCCAGGUUAUGUAAGGUUUUCAUUAACCUUGAUGCUAUUGCUGUUGCUCGGUUUUUCACCAAGACUAUCACUGGAGAGCAGUUAAGUCGCCGGAAACGAGCGCUUGAUGGCAUUGAAGGGCGUGGCUUUGGUUUUGACAAAAAGAAGAGAGCUUUGGACGAAUUAGAAGGAGCUGGGCUUGGAUUCGACAAGAGAGCGUUGAACUCUUUAGAGGGUGAAGGUUUCGGAUUCGAGAAGCGAGCGUUGAACGCGCUUGAUGGUACCGGAUUUGGCUUCGAUAAGAGGGCUCUUAAUACGCUAGAAGGCGAAGGAUUUGGUUUCGACAAAAGAGCACUGAACUCACUUGAUGGUGAAGGUUUCGGAUUCGAAAAGAGAGCGUUGAACUCACUUGAAGGUGAAGGCUUUGGUUUUGACAAACGUGCUCUAAACUCGCUCGAGGGUGAAGGUUUCGGCUUUGACAAGAGAGCUCACAAAUCUUUAGAAAGAGGAGGAUUUGAUUUUGAGAAGAAAUUUUAUCGUCAUUACCUGAGCAGCGCCAUCUCAAUCUGGUUGCGACACGGAACUGGAAAAAGCCGACUAUGGUUCCAAGCGAACUUUCAAGCAGCGACCAUUACUUGUGAUAUCAGAAGAUAUCCUGAGUUUGCCAUAGCAAACAAUGGAAUCGCCUACUUGACCUAUGAGAACGAAAGCAAGCAAUUCUAA